CUGCAGGCCCGUUCACUGUCUUCGCCCCAAAAGACUCGGCUUUUGAGGAUAUAACCUCCACUCUCCAGACACUCAUUAACGACAGAGAUGCCCUUUCCGAGGUGCUCAAGUAUCACGUAAUUAGUGACACCUUCUGGUCAGUUGGGUUGACCGACGGAAUGGUGCUGCAGACCAUCAACGGCGCAAACCUGACCGUGCACAUCGACACUAACGGGGUGACUAUCAAUGGCGCCAAAGUGACCGAAGCUGACGUCGCUACCUCUAAUGGAGUCAUCCAUGUCAUCGACAAAGUGAUCACCUCGUCAUCGCCUUAGACCAUGCCACCCUCUCCCACCCCAAUCCCCCUGUUUUCUCCAAACAGAGUCAGGAAUACGAACUGGGGGUCCAGCAAUAAAAUAUUUUACUGAUCUUGA